AUGAAAAGCCUGUUGCUUAUCGUGGUUCUUAGUCUCCUGGCUGUGGGUUAUGCCAGGGACCAGGAAGCAGAACUUGCAAUCCGAGGGGGCAAAAAAGGUGAUCAUACUAAGAAGGGGUCCGAGGGCUACUCCCACGGUGAAAUUUUGAUGUUUAAGUGUUCGGAAAUGGCACGAAAUACUAACAAAACAUUUUUUUUCGAUAACUAACAGUAAUGUAAGUUUUACACUUUUAGCUAUUUCAAUAUCCUGAGAGGAGGCUAAACAGUCCUAUUUUCACCUCGUCUCAUUCAAGGACUGGGCAAAUUUUUGACUUUUCAAGCUGCCUUGUCCCCGGUCGUUCUCUCUCCCUUCCGCGUAUCGCCUUUCUCGCGUGGGGUGGGGUCGCGCCCUCGCAUUUCGCUCGCUCUACUAUCCCUGAGGGAAAAUGGGGACUAUUCGUAAUCUACUCGUGAUCACUUUUUUGGGGAUAUUUGAGUUAAUAAGCCAUGCACUUCCUCCCGUAAGGAUCAGUUUACUGUUUUAAUUUCAAACUUUGGUCAGUGAAGAAAAAAAGAGAGACAUAAAAAGAUUGUGCUAAUUAGAAACUUUAAUCGCCGGGAAUGAAUUGCCAAAAUGUCUCUGAGCAAUCAAUAAUUGAAGAGCUUCCGUGAAGUGAAAGGGUUCUCUCUCCUGAAAGCGCUUUAAAAAAUCGAAUAAAAAAUCUUGGAAGUAGGGAUAUAUAACGUACAACAACCCAAUCCGCCCCGUCCGACUCCUUCCCCGCCGGCCCACUCCUUCCCCCCCCUCUCCUUCCCCCCCCGCCCACUCCUUCCCCCCCGGCCCACUCCCUCCCCCCCCGGCCCACUUCUUUCCCCCCGCUCCACUCCUUCCCACCCGGCCCACUCCUUCUCCCCCAGCCCCUCCUGUCAAACUGUACGCGAAAGGGAUAAGACAUCAAUUUAUAUUUUAACAGGCAAUUCUUGUAUGAAACAAGGAGGCAUGUGCAUCAAAGGUAAAUCCUGCCCAAACGGUUAUGAAGAAUGUGGACACUCCUGUGGGAAAGGGAAGAAGAACAAGAAAAAAAAAUGCUGCUGCUUGAUACCUCCUACGCCGACCCCGGAGCCAAGUGCGUAGUAAUAAUUAGUCUAAUAGAAGUAAUAUUUAAUCAUAUAGUAUGUAGUAAUAAUUAGCCUAAUUUAAAUACUGUAUUAUAUUAGUAAUAAUUAGCCUGUGAAAUCAAAUAGUGACGAUUGAAAAUAGGAUGAAAUACACGCCCGUUUUGUCCAAAUUCUAAGAAUUUUUUAGCCUUUAUACCUAUUAAUAUCGUGGGUAACAAAUUUAAAGCCAAAAUAUUUGGCUUAAUUCACUAUUUUCUAACUUUUUUUGAAAAAAUACCUAUUAGAAUUCUCGAUGCGUUGUUUGGUGUUUUUCGCUUUUCGAAGGAAUAUUUUAAGGGCCCUGACAUCUUCAUUCAUAACCGGUUUUAGAACUUUGACGCCAUCUUGGCACUGAUACGUACUGAACGUCAUUGUAUUAUAGCAAUUUUGUAAUUUCAGAUGUGAAAUUUUAAAUUAGCGCUAAAAUUUCGUGCCAGAAUGAAGGAGUAAUUUGCCACCAAUGAUAUUGCUUUUUAUUCCCUUCAUUGUUUCCUUAAUUGAGACGCUUUUCACUUUAAAAAUUCUCGGGCCCAGUUUGAAGUUAUAAUAGAGUACACUAAACGUAUCACAAAUGAUAAGAAUACACGUUCACAUAGCAGCAUAGCGAACCUGGACCAUUAUUUAUGGAAUUCAAUUGAUGUGAAGACGCGUUUUAGCUUUUUAAAAAAGUUAGCAAAUAGCAUGGCAUAGUUUCUUAGCAAGAUAGCUAUAUCUUCGUGGGCGUACGUCUGCCUAGACCCCAGACCUCGUUAUUGUGCGCGGCUGAUGCAUUUCGGGUGACGUGGUCCGAGCGAUAUUUUGAGACGUCAGCGAAAUGCAUUGACCGAGAGGGCCUGGAAAGACGCCGACAGGGACUAGGCAANUUUGAAAAAAUACCUAUUAGAAUUCUCGAUGCGUUGUUUGGUGUUUUUCGCUUUUCGAAGGAAUAUUUUAAGGGCCCUGACAUCUUCAUUCAUAACCGGUUUUAGAACUUUGACGCCAUCUUGGCACUGAUACGUACUGAACGUCAUUGUAUUAUAGCAAUUUUGUAAUUUCAGAUGUGAAAUUUUAAAUUAGCGCUAAAAUUUCGUGCCAGAAUGAAGGAGUAAUUUGCCACCAAUGAUAUUGCUUUUUAUUCCCUUCAUUGUUUCCUUAAUUGAGACGCUUUUCACUUUAAAAAUUCUCGGGCCCAGUUUGAAGUUAUAAUAGAGUACACUAAACGUAUCACAAAUGAUAAGAAUACACGUUCACAUAGCAGCAUAGCGAACCUGGACCAUUAUUUAUGGAAUUCAAUUGAUGUGAAGACGCGUUUUAGCUUUUUAAAAAAGUUAGCAAAUAGCAUGGCAUAGUUUCUUAGCAAGAUAGCUAUAUCUUCGUGGGCGUACGUCUGCCUAGACCCCAGACCUCGUUAUUGUGCGCGGCUGAUGCAUUUCGGGUGACGUGGUCCGAGCGAUAUUUUGAGACGUCAGCGAAAUGCAUUGACCGAGAGGGCCUGGAAAGACGCCGACAGGGACUAGGCAAAGCGUACGCAAUUAGUGUUUUGUAGGUUGAAUUUAGACUCCUGGCCGCGGGAGAAAGCUGAGGUAAGCUUUCAGAAAACAUUUGAAAAGGUAUCGCAAGGACAGAGAACUAUGUAAGCCAACUGAUAUCCUUAUCUUCCAGCACAAUUCGCUGUAAUAUGCAAUGAAUUGAUAGUUUCUCACCUGCGAAAAAUGUGAAAAAUGCUUAUGACAAGGUUCGCCGUUUUCCAAACUUUAUUUCAUUAGAAAGACUUACAAGGAAAAUUAUGUUUUGUAUCUCGGUUUAGCUUGUCCAAAGGGCUGGGUUGAAAACGGAAAUCAGUGCUACUAUAUACUCCCCGAAACAAAGGAAGCAUUUGUGCGGGGAUUAUACCUAUGCAAUCAACUCGGAGCAACCCUACCAAUCAUCAAAUCAGCCGAGCAGAACGCUUUCCUUUUGAGUCUGAUGGAGGGAAAAGAUGAUCCACGGCUUGGAAUGAUAGCACCCAACAACAACAACGUCUUUGAAUGGCUCGACGGGACGGCAGUGGCCGAUACCUUCUCUGCAUGGAAUACGGGUGAGCCUAACGGUCCUGGAUCAGAGAACUGUGGGCACUUGUACGUCAGCGGAAGUGCAAAAGGAAAGUGGAAUGACGAUCCCUGUUCGCAUCCCCGAGUUAUUGUUUGCCAGAUGGAGAAGAAAUGA